UCGUGAUACGAAGAAUUAAUUUUGUUUUAGGAAAGUAAAAUCUCUUUGUUAACUUUACAUGAUAGAGAACACAAUGAAUAAAUUCUUUCAAGAAAAAAAAAAUGUAAAAUACACAUCAAACUCUUUAUAAGAAAUAAAAAUAAAAAUAUAUUGGUAUUAGUGACAUGUUAAAACACAACAUCAAAUAUGCACAUGUGGUAUAUACACGCACGCACACAAAUUACCGUUCAACGGUCACACCUCAAAGGCUAUAUAUAUAAAGAGGGUUGCUUUGCUCUAUUCUCAGAACCAACUCAGUCUUCUUCUUCAUCUUGAACUGUAACACAAAACAGAGAGCGACGUAUAGCAAACCAAAGCUCCAUUCUUUUCGAUCUAACCAUCUUCUCCACUUCAAACCCAUUUCUGAAAACGUAUUUUUAAAUCAUAAUUUCUCCAAAAGUUUUCAUUUUUGUUUCUGAAUAACAAUGAAGAGGCUCCGAGGUUUCAAGAUCGGACACAGAUUCGUUAAGAUCUUCAAAUGGAUAAUCCGAAGUAGAAGAAUCCAAACCGGGAAACGCCAAUGUCUGACCGGAAUCCUCAACCCGGUUCAAAAAAUCUGUUCUUUAGCACGGUGCCUCCGUCGUGGAGCUAAUAGACUCUGCGGCGGAAAGAAAACGGGUCAGACCCGGUUAGGUAACGAACCGAAACCGGCGGCUGUUCCCAAGGGGCAUUUAGUGGUUCACGUGGGAGAAGCCGGCGACGAUACGCGGCGCGUGGUGGUUCCGGUGAUUUAUUUUAACCAUCCUCUGUUCGGAGAGUUGCUGGAGCAGGCGGAGCGGGUUUACGGGUUUGAACAAUCGGGUCGGAUUACGAUACCUUGUCGGGUGUCGGAUUUUGAGAAGGUUCAGAUGAGGAUCGCCGCGUGGGAUCGUUGCCGACAGAAGCGGACUUUCAAGAUUAUUCUCUAAUUUUGACUUCAAUAAAUAAAUAAAAACAAAUAAAUAUUUAGCUUUUUUUUUUCUUCUCCUAGUUGAGGAAAAAAAAGAGUGCAAAUGUCAAUUACAGAGAUGUGACUUCCAUUCCAUCCACUUUAUGUGAAUAACUCAAUAGAUUAUACAAACAUACCAAUACAUUUUAAUUUGAUGUCAUUCGAGUAUGUUAGUAAUAAAAAUAUAAUUCAUUUAUAUUGUAAGAAAGUAGAAACUCUAGUAUAUUCUGGAUUCCGGCUA